AUCCUUCCUUGCGGCCUAGCAGUCCCGUGCUUUUCAGGGAUGGAUCAAAUGGCAAUUUUUUAUCGGCGCGCAUUUCGGUCUCGCCGAUAGAUCAUUCCUCAGAUGACAAACGUUGUCGCGGCGUCUUCGCUCCGACGUAUUGAUCGCCAGUUUUCAUUUUCUUCUGUCGCAGCCGUCCAUUAUCGAGCAGAAGUAGCGGUUUCAGGCUUGCAUAAUUUCAAACUCGAGCAGGAUUACACAUUUCGGCCAAAAUCUUCUCCUUAUAGUCCUUUCCACUCUUAUAACCAAUGAUUCGUCAAGGUGAAUUGUUCAAGAGGUAGGAGAUAAUGUUGUUUGGUUGAGAUACAAAUAACAUUUUCAGCUCCAUGAGUCGAGGUUGAAGGUGCAAAUGCUUAGUGAAGCAAGAUCUGCUAUGUUGGUACAAGCUUAGAUAUGCAUGGUGAGGUAUCAUAUUGAUGACAAUGUCGACAUGAUCUCAUUUUCUCACAAAUGGCUAUUAAUGGCAGUUUCAGAGGACUAAGGGGUAAGAAACUUUCUCUUGCAAUUGCUGCAAUAUGCUCAGCACUUCUUAUCUGGACAUGGGAGGAAACCACUCUUCUCAUCAAUUCCCUGCCACCACCUAAUUCAUUUGAGAUGCUUCCUUCUCCAGUGAUUCUUAGAAGUCCUAUGCACCACUUAAAACAUGAAGAAAAGCAACAAUAUGAGCAUGGUUAUACAGAUACAAACAGCAUAGAUGUUAUUUUAACUGAACAAAUAGAUCCUACUGCUGGUAUUCAAUCGGUUAUUUCAGAAAUAUCAACUUCUUUAAUUACAAAAAAAGUGGAUGAAAGUUCUGUAAAUAUGCCCAUCGAGAAGAAAGGUUGUAAAUAUGAGAAGGGUAAAUGGGUUGCAGACAUGCGAAGGCCAUUAUAUUCUGGGUUUGAAUGCAAGCAGUGGUUAUCUGACAUGUGGGCAUGCAGAUUGAUGCAACGUGAAGACUUUUCCUAUGAAAGCUAUAGAUGGCAGCCAUUUGACUGUGAGAUACCGGAGUUUGAUGGCUCUGAAUUCUUAAGAAGGAUGCGGGGCAAAACUAUUGCUUUGGUAGGAGAUUCCUUGGGAAGGCAGCAGUUUCAAUCCCUGAUUUGUAUGAUCACAGGAGGCAAGCAUUUUGUUCUAGUGGAAGAUGUUGGCAUAGAGUAUGGCCUCGUCAAAGCACCCGGUGCUGUGAGACCCGACGGUUGGGCCUAUCGUUUCUCAGAGACCGGCACCACCAUCCUGUACUAUUGGUCAGCCACCCUCUGCGAGCUAGAGCGACUGAAUCGAUCAGACCCAGCUACAAACUACGCCAUGCAUCUCGAUCGCCCCGUGCCAUUUUUAACGAAUUUCAUCCACAGGUUCGACGUUCUCGUUCUGAACACCGGGCACCAUUGGAACCGGGGAAAGAUGAGAGCAAACAGAUGGGAAAUGUUCGUCGGAGGAAAGCCGAAUGCCGACCGUAAGCUCUCGGAGAUAGGAAAUGCGAAGAAUCUGACCAUCCGCUGCGUUGUUAAAUGGGCUGACCUCCAGAUAUCUCAGAAUCCAGAGCUGAAGGUCUUCUUCAGGACUAUAUCUCCCAGGCAUUUCCUUAACGGGGAUUGGAACAGUGGGGGCAGCUGCAACAACACGAAACCAUUGUUGAGAGGAAGUGAGGUUCUGCAAGAGGGAUCCAUGGAUGCAGUUGUUGAGAGUGCUGUGAAGGGUUCGAAGGUGAAGCUUUUGGAUAUUACUGCUCUUUCUGGUUUGAGGGAUGAGGGGCACAUAGCUAGGGAUAGUCUUACGGCUGCGAAGGGAGUCCAGGAUUGCUUGCAUUGGUGCCUUCCGGGAGUUCCUGAUACAUGGAAUGAAAUUCUGUGCGCGCAAUUGUAGUCAUUUUGGAAGGUGGGGAGAGGCUUUUAACUUGUUUGUUUGUGGAGUUUCGUAUGUAUAAAAUGUGCUUAUUUUGCGGGUGCGUGAAAGCAUUGAUUAGGGCAGAAAGGCGCAAGCCUUGCCAACCUAGAUUUAGUACUAAGGUAGAACAUGUAUUAGAUCCUAAAUUUUAAAUAUUGUAGCGUAUAUUUAACAUGAUCGGACAAAAUAUUAUAAACUUUG